UUUUAUCCCUUUUUCACCUCUCUUUUUUUAUUAUUAUUAUUAUUUGCCUUUUCCUUUAGCUUCGAUUGACUUGCAACAUCAUGAAAGUCACUUUCCUUGCUAUUCUUACCUUCUUCGUUGCGUUGAUCGCGGCCCAAAAAGAAGCUUUCUAUGUCACUUCUCCCUUGAAGGGCAGCAAAUUCAAGCCUGGUGAUGUCAUUCAUAUCAACUGGCUCAAUGGUAUUGAUGAGGAGGUCAAGGUCGUCUUGAUUGGAGGCACCAGCCCUGAUCGUAUGCAGCCUGUCGGUCAUACUUUCAAUGUUAAUGGUUCGGAUGGCUACAAGGACUGGGAGGUUCCGAAAGACCUUCAACCCAAUGUGAACUACGCUUUCCAAUUCCAAUACAAGGCUCAGAACGGUUCGACUGAAUUCGCUUAUUCCGAUCCUUUCACUUUGGAAGGCAGUGCCAGUGGCUCGGCUUCGUCCAACAGCGCCUCGUCUACUUCGUCGCGUAUCACCGCUGCUACCACUGAUGGCGCCGUUGCUACGGGUAGCUCGUCUGUAUCCAGUGUUGCUCCAUCGUCCGUUGCUUCGUCAUCUGUUGCUCCUUCUUCUGCCGCGUCUCCUGCCGCGUCUUCCCCUGCUUCUUCAGGCCCUGCUUCUCCCUCGGUCGAACCCACUACCUCGGCUAGUUUGACACCUGAACCAGAGAAGGACGGCAAUGCAGCUGCCGGUCUCCGAUGGACCGCUGUUGCCAUCUGUGCUCCUGCCAUCUUGGCUGCCGUCUUCCUUUCCUAAGCAGUCCGCUCUUUAUCUUUUGAUUUAAAAAAGGGAGAAUUUAUAAUGUAAUAAUUCCUAAUGGCUCUCUUAUUCUUAGUUAUAGAAAAGAAAGAACUAUAAAAUAAUAUUAAAGGAAACA